GAAACUUACGUGCCUGCUUAUAAAACAUCAGCCCCAUAAUCUCUAUUCCCUUCACUCUUCAUCUUUAUCCAUGGCAUCCUCAUAUGAAACCCGAAAGCGAAAUCCAGACCCGAAAUCUGCGGUUCUUUUAGUGAUAGACAUACAGAAUUACUUCUACUCCAUGGCCAAGCCUAUUCUCCCCGCUAUCAACACCACCAUCGACCUCUGCCGACAGGCUUCCGUGCCUGUGAUAUUCACGCGCCACCGUCACAAGUCACCGGAUGACUACGGCAUGCUCUAUGAGUGGUGGAACGGAGACGUCAUCAGAGAUGGCACCGUUGAAGCUGAACUCAUAACGGAGUUGGACCGAAGAGAAAGCGACUUGGUGGUGGAAAAACACACUUACAGCGCCUUCAGAGAUACGAACCUAGAGGAGAAACUGUUGGAGAUGGGGAUAAAGGAGGUAAUAGUGAGUGGAGUAAUGACCAACUUGUGUUGUGAGACCACAGCCAGAGAGGCAUUUGUGAGAGGGUUCAGAGUCUUCUUUUCGACAGAUGCUACUGCUACUUCCUCAGCAGAAUUGCAUGAUGCUACACUGAACAACUUAGCUUAUGGUUUCACUUAUUUGGUCGACUGCAAAAGGAUUUCAAAUUCCUGAGCACUCAGAAACUAGCGAGGAGGAAUUGUGGAGAAGCUCUAGCUAGCAAAGAUUUUGGAAUAAGUAGAUGUAAGAUAGAAUAAAUAUUAAGUGAAAUCAAGUAACAUUAUAUGGAAGUACUGUGCCUUUGAGUCC